AGCAGGUUACAUCGGUCGAUAGCGUGUGGGAAUGCACGUUGGUACGCACGCCGGACGCACACGAUCCCAUUGCAGCCGACAAUUAUCUUGCGCUCGAUCGAUUAAACGCUUCCCCUUGAGUUAGCGUGUGUAGUGUGCAACCAUCGCACCCGCAACCACAAUGUCAGUGUCGCGUCGGCUUGGCCUAGACAACCCGAUAGCGCCGCCGUCCCUGUACGCCCGGGGCAGAUCGGCCGGGGGAUGCCUUACUCAUGCAAUAGCAUUGAUCAGUCUCUCAGCCCUCAAAGUCCAUGGUUGUGUGAGGUUCUGGCGUUCUACCCGCCUGUAUCGUCAUGAUCAUCGUAAUCUAAUAACGUGUAUGGAGCCGUACGAAGGUGGUGGUGUUUCGGUUUUCGUGCUAACCCGCUCACUCGCACGGUGCAAGAUGAGUAAUUUUUUGCCGUAGGCGAUAGAACAGGACAGUUUAAUGACAUUGAAACCUACGUUUAGCGAGAGAUGCUGUAACGCACUGUGUUGGAAAGAACGCCACUGUUAGUGUCCAGUUGGACAGCAACGCAGCUACAUCGCGAUAAAGCUCGGCAGUUAAAGAUGUCUCCCCCGGCGAGCUCCAACAACUAUUCCGUCGAGAAACGUCCCCAAACGUACGAUCAGUAUGAGUUUACCCUGCCCGACCUGUACCGCAAGAUGGCAAAGGAUGAGCUCCGUGAGGAUGACGAGAUUCGGGAGCAAUCGUUGACGCAGAUGCGGGAGUGGAUUGCCAAACAUCCGUAUAUUCGCAAGUGCCGUACGGAUGCGUCGUUUCUGUUGCGCUUUUUGCGCUUCCGAAAGUACUCCGUACCGAUGGCGUGUGAGGCGCUGGAGCGAUACCUUGCGAUGCGCGAAACGUUUCCUACGUGGUUUAAGAAGCUGGACUGCAACGAUCCGGCAAUGCGAGAGCUGUUCGAGGACGGUGUGUGCACGAAGCUGGGACAAGAUUCGGAGGGCCGAAUGGUGAUCCUGUUCCGCGUGAAGCUGCUGAACGUGGACAAGUUCGGACCGCUGGAGCAGGGCCGGCUGGUGGCGCUGCUGAUUGAGUCACUGCUCGAGUGGGAAGAGCUACAGAUCGGUGGCUUCCGGGUGAUGCUAGACUUCACCGACACCGUCAUGAAGCACUACGGUAUGUGGGGCGUCUCCGACAUGAAGAUCUUCAUGGAUGCGAUCAACCGCUCGUACCCUAUACGGUUCCGCGAGAUUAAUGGUGCCAAGUUUCCCAAGUUUGCUGUUUCGAUUCUGAACCUGCUGCUAACGUUCGCCAGUCCCAAAUUGAAGGAACGAAUAGUUUGUCACAAUACGGUGCUGGAGAUGAAGGGAAAGUUCGAACCUUCGCUUCUGCCACAGUCGUACGGCGGUGAGCUGGAUACGGAGGAGAUGGGGCGCAAAUUUUUGAAACAUCUCGAGGAUCGUCGGAACGUGAUACUGGCGCUGGAUGAUAUGGAUAUCGAUGUAGCACACUACUCUUCGCUGUGGAGCCAAACGAACUUGGUGGAAAAUGAGGUCGAGGGCGGUGUGGCCGGCAGCUUCCGAAAGCUGAAUGUGGAUUAGUUGUCCGAAUACAAGGGUAAAGAUUGUAGGUUGUAAGAUCACAAGAAAUGGGAUAGAGUUAUAAUAAAUCCAUUCGUAUUUUUGUGCUAAAACUUUUGUUUAUUUGUUUGAAAUUGA